AUAUUUUGGUAGGCCCGAUUGCCACAUUUAGUUCAUGAAAAUGUGCGUGUGCUCGUGCGAGAGAAUGCAUACAAGUGUAGGAAAAUUUGGCGCUCCAACGCAGGGGUUGCGAAUGUCAACAGUCGCCGAGUCAGUUGCUUGGUACAUCUCAAACGUUGCGGACGCAUUUCCGGUUAACUGAAGUUAACGGCACGUAAGGUAACUACAUCACAAACAAUUCACAAACCAGAGACACAAGUAUACAUAUAAAGUCGCCCAGCGAAAGACGACGAAGGCGGGCGGUGCAUACAUUGAGACUGAAAAAACUCGAAUCCAUUGUCAGGCUACAACACCACUAGUUGGCGGCUGGCCAUCGUCGCGGCUAUUUUGCAUAUUUUCACGCUUUUUAAUUGAUUUAUUUUAUAAACAAUUUCCAUUUUAUUUGCGAAAGACGGGCGAGACGAAAAGGCGAGAAAGCAAAGUGUGUAUUAGUGUGCGAAAAUCAUGAAUGAGUGGCAGCGAAUUGCAUUACAACAAUAUGAAAGUGCUAUACCGUUACAUAGAAAUCGGCUGGAAUAUUUAGUAAAGCGAUGCAAUUUUUUUUCGUGUGGCUAGACGCCAUUUACAGUUUAUAAGUAUGUGUAGUACGUAACGGCAAAUUAGCUGGUGUUGAAAACGGAAACGGCAGUUGGGGCGCGUAUAGGCAGCUGGUGUAACGCAUAUGAAUCGGUGCGAAAUAGUGCCAAGAAAAUUUACUAAAAGCAAAAAUAAUGAAAAAAAAAUAAUUAAAAUAGUGCUAAAAAUUCAACAAAAGCAGCAAUAGUUCGUAAAACAAAAAUAUUGUAUUAUAAAUAUAAAGCAAUUCACGAAGUAGUGGCUUGGAAAAAAGUGUUCACCAAAAAGUCGUAUACAAUUCUCAAAAUUAUUAUAUAUGUGCUUGUAUUGAAUUGCGCACGUGUGCGUUGAUAGACAUACAUAUGUGUGUGUACUUGAGUGUGUAGGUGAAUGCGAAAAAUUGAUACAGUACAGAAAAUUCCGACAGAAUUGAAAAUUUCUGUCAAGAAUACGAAAAUUUCACUCCGUACAACUACAAUAACAACAAGAAGCCAACUUACACCACCGCUAUCAUUGCCAACCAAACAACAGAGCCAAAUAAUUACAACAAUAAUAAUGAGAAUAACUACAGUAGCAACAUUAAAGCACCAAAAACAAUUACAACAACAAAGGAAAGCAAAGUACUAACAACGACCCACCCUUGUCGCAUACGCAGUCCCUCAUAAUCACAGCCAGUCCACACCUCCACCUCCACCACCACCACAACCAACGACUUUUGCUUGAACGUGUCCACCAACAAACAGCCACCGACCCACACCCGCAACCGCUCGCCACCUCAUUGCUGCAGGGGUAUAGCGCGCAUCCUGCGUGUGUGCCAACAAACAGUCAAUCAUCGUGAGUAACCCUCCCCCACCAAAUAACGUAGUUGAACCGAACAGACAAGCCGGCACUCGAGGCUCACGUACACACCGUUGAACGCUCUCUCAUUCUCUCUGGCGUUCGAGUGCUCCAGCACUCUCAAUUGAAUUCUAGUGCAGUCACAACAAAAAUAAACAACCGAAUUGUGGAAAAAAUUUUUUGCACGUCAAACGGUAAACAAACAGUACACCGACAGUUUAGAAGUUUUCACACAUCGAAUAAGCCGAGCGGGCGAUAAGGUUCAGCGGGAAGCAGGGGCAGGUGGAGUGACGAAGCAGCAUCUAUAACGGCAACUAUUAAAGUUGUUGCUUUUGUUUUUGUCUUUGAUUAUCUUGUUGUUGUUGUUAUUGCCCACAUUUCCGCUUUUUCACUGAAACAAUAAGCCAAAGGAUAUGAAGGAUAUACUGGCGGCGUUGAUGAUGAUGACGCUGCUGCGUCGGCAGUUGCAGGAUUCACAAAGGAUAAGUAUUUGACGAAAUCCGUCCAUUGUUUUCAACAUAUACAGGAAUAAAACCGAAAUGAUACUUAUACAAUUAAGCAAUGUUGAUGUCAAUACUUAAGUAAUAAGUCAUAAGCGUAUUAUUGUAGUAAUAAAUAUAAAAAAAUUAAAACUCGAACGACAAUUAAAUUUUCGGACACGAUGUUCGGCUCGAAAUUGCGUUCAUGGAUGGAAAACCACAUUGGGCGCCCGCGUAAGAAGGGCGCCAAAAAUAAAACUACAAACAGCAAUACUGUCAGUGCCGCCACUGCCGCGGGCUGCAGUCAUGAGGCGUAUCAGCAUCACGGUGGUAGCAAUAAGAAGAUUUCCAGCACAAAUUCGAGCUCUAUUUUUACGCUUCAUCACGCGCGCAGUAAUGGCGCGUCUUCCACGUCACCAUCAAUCACUGCCAACUCGUCUGCAUCCACGGCGCCGACAAUGACGACAAUAAUGGUUUCGCCCGGCACGAUGUCCUCAUUCGGUGCUAAUCAUCACAAUGGUGGAGGUGGCGGUUGUGGCAGUGGUAGUGGAAGCGGCUGCGGCAGUGUCAUUGCUAGUCCGGUCAGGCGGCGCGAAGUUUCGCCUAUUCAAGGCCAUACGCAGAGUCGUUACGGUUGGCAGUCACCGGACCAGGAGACAAUCACCUCACCGAAAUCCGACAAUUUCCUAUAUGCGCCACAACAUCGCGUACGCAGCCAGUCGCAUCACACAAAUCACCAUCACCAUCAACAGCAACAACAUCAACAACAGCAACAACAACCUCCUUAUACAGUGCCAAAUAGCAAGGAUAAUUCAAGUGAUGAUCGUUCAUUGCAAGCAAGGUCAUGCACACAAUCAUACAGUCACCAUAUACUACCACAACAGCAGCAACACUCACAGUUGCCGCAGAAUACAAUACAACAACAACAACCACAUCCCGCCGAUUGCUCCUCGUCAUCAAUUUCGUCGCUAUCGUGGUCCACUGGCUCUAAAGAGCCUUCUAUGAACUCAAGUAGCAAUCAAAACAACAACAGCAACAGUAAAGCUAGUUACAAUAAUGGCAAUAGUAAUGGUACGUUUACAAAACCUCUCCCUACACCCGAGGAACAAGAUAACAGUACCACAGAUUUGCGACAUUUCGAAGAGGAGGAUCCAAAUACCGUUCACUAUGAGGAGAUACGCACUAUUCUACGUCAUCCUGAGCAUUGUAGUUCUAGUUACAAUAGCAACAACAACAGUAACAAUCCUUUCCUGAUACAUGAACGUCCCAAAUCGGAGCAGCUCAUCUCGUUUACACCUGCGCGUUCACUCUACGCAGAUCGGCGCUCGCAGGAUGACGCUUCCACGCGCUAUGGACGCCUCUUGCCGUCGAAGAUUCAGAGCUGCAGCAACUCGAAUGACAGUUUGAAUGCGAAUGGCCCAAUGAAAUAUGUAAGAAGUGGCAGCGCUGAAUAUAUAUCACAACAAUAUCAAAGUUCGGGUAAUGGUUAUAUGUGCAGUACCUCGGGCGAAUUUUCUUCGAGUCAUCAAUCUGGUAACUUGAACAAUUUAGCGGCCAUGCACUGUCAGCGCGCACGAUUGCGUGGCGGUCGCUUUGGCAAUGGACAUGUUUUAAACGGCACACAGCCAGGAGCAAGUGUGGCUGGAGUACCACUACAUAGUCUCUCAUCGCCGGAAAGUGCUUACUCUACUGGGUACUCCACCGACGGCACUUCGCCAGGCACCAUUUACACUCCACCGGAAUAUUAUAUUAAUAUGCGUACCGGCACGCACUACUUUCCGAAGAGUGUAAACUCGCUGGCCAUCGAGGCGCAGCGGUACAAAUUUGGUCUGAAUAAAAUUGAAGAAAUGUCACCCAUAGACCCUAUGCCAAAGACAUCAUUCGCCAAUGCAUCAAAUCUAUACAAGCGUGCCGAUUCGUAUGAUAUGGGCCAAGGUUGCAGCAACAACAAUGGCACUCAUCAUGAACCGUUCAUACCAUUGGAUGCCCCUCAUGCCAUCCAGUAUCCUGAAAGUGUUGGACGACAUAGUCCCUUACCGUUACGUAACACAAUUGUUUUGCCCACCUUGAAGGGUUUUGAAUCACCCUCCCCCAGACAGCGUUGUCGCAUACGUACGAAUCCGUGGUAUCUCACAACGGAAGCAAAUGCACCAGCGGCGGGAAGUGUACAGAAUGUAUUAGCAUUUUUGCCACCACCGCCAGCAACACAACCGCCGCCAACGGCGAUGUCAACAACAUCUGACACGUCGACGGUUUCUUCGUCAGCACACUCAACGAAAUUGCCUGAGGCUGUCAACACGCCUCUACGCCAGCAGAAACAAGGAAAGAUGACGACAAGUGGAGUUGUUGGAGAUGGGCGAAGGGAACUUGAUGCCGCAAGCACAUCAUCCUCUGGCAAGAGAUCCAGCAAUGCAACAACGGAUGGACGCCGGGUAGUGCAACACAUCCAACAGACAAGUGACAUGAACAAUGCUGACAAGUUGUCUGCAGGGUAUGAGUCGACAGAGAGCUCUUCGUCUUUGACUGAAGUGGAAAAUAUGCAAAGGAAUUAUACACCCAACACUGUACGUCGCAAGCGUGCAGAGCAAUUGCAAAGGAAGAUAGGACAACCUCUAGCUACAAUGCUAGCGAGUGUUUGUGUAAUAAGUGACGACCGUGCUGGAAGCAACAGGGAGCCGAUAUUAAGUGAUGAUGAUGCUACGCUGAACGAGAUGAUGGGAAAGUUUGAUGAGAGUUACGUGUAUGAGAAGGAGACUGAUAUACUCAGCAGUGAUUCCGACCAAACAGAUUGCCCAUCAGACUUAGAUACUGGACAGGAUGCUGGGGAUGAAUGUGACACCGACGAGCUCCUCGACAUAGACUUCAUUGAUAACUCAUCCAUGCAGGAGGUUGCCGAGCGUAGAGACUCAGACUGCAAUUUGGACAGUUGUUAUUACUACAUCCAGAGUUCCAAGUCAAUGCACCAGCAUGGUGGAAAGCGUGCAUCCAUUCCCUCGCGCAGAAGUUCGCGAAGUUUGAAAAAUGAUCAAGAGGGCAGCAAACAAGUCGAGACUACUGUAAGCAGUUCACAGCGACGACGUAAGCGAUUUCUGAAGACACGCAAGAAGAGUGCUGAGAAUCGUAACGAACAACCGAAUUCGCCACAUAAAUCUCGAAAGUCACGCAGUGUAGGUGGUACGCCGGUGUGCUUGCGCAGACAAAGACAUAUCACAGCGAAGAAUAGGGUUUAUGAGACUUCGCCCCUAACAAAUAGAUCCAGCUCACUGGUGUUUACAGACGUACGAGAUACUAAGCGUUUUAUGACAAUCGCUGAAAGUGAACGGGCUUUGUUUAAAGCUGAUUUGGAGGCUGACGUUAAGUACAGACAACUCAUACGGGAAGCUGAAUCCCUACUAGUCUCCAUGAAAAACAGUAUGCAAAGUAUACCACGUGACACACCCGUCUCAAGUCCACGACGAGUCAAUCCUCUAGCUAACAAGCGAGUAGAAAUGUUAAAGAGCUGUGAAACAGAAACACGACGUGAACAGCUUAAGCAAACGCAGCAACGUUCUUUGGAUGCUAUCCAUUUAGAGAAACAACAGAAGCAGCAACAACAAGAGUUAGCGGCCGCUAUUAAUCGACGUAUAGACCUACUGCGACAUGCACCUGCUUCAGCACCAAAUAGUCCACGAUUCAGUCGCUGUAGCCCACGAAAAACCCACAUAACGAAUUUCAUCAACCAAAAUGUGCCCCCAGAGGUGCCGGCGCGCAAGUUGGUGGAAACAUCGAAACCUCCUCAGUCACCACAGCUACAACUAAAUGACCGAUUAUUGACACAGAACACAAAAUCCACAACCAUUCAAGAACGUCGAUUCCACAGUCAAUCACCGGUAUCGCGAUACAAGCUUGGUGCUAAUUUGAGUCGUGGUCAAAACUUCGAUAGUGACUCUGAUUCCGAGUUUCAAAACAAGGAUUAUCACGAAAAUCAACUAAGAAAUGACGAUUAUAGAGAGCAACGGACCAAAACCCCAAUUGCGGCCGCUGUGGAUGCGGUAAACCACAAUUACUUGCCAGAGUUCGCGCGAAUUUCACGCUACGAUGAAGCAGAUUUGUCUAACCACAAUGUGACCAACUUACAGGUAAAAUCGGGCAGUUCAGCUGCUAAUUGGCAGACUAGAAUAUUGCAAGCUUGUCCACAGAGCGAGCCACUGAAGAGAAAGGUUUACAGCGGCAGCUCGACAUUUGAGCGCAUCAAAAAAAGUUUCGACUUGGAGGCGGAAAUCCCAAAACAAGCAAUGUUGGCAAAAAUUCAUAAUUUGAGGCGUCGUGAGCGUCAAAGCACGAAUCCACGUUUAAACACACACACAAGCAGUCAUGAUUUCCAUCAAGAAGUGGGAGAACAUUGUAUCGGUGAUAGCGAGUUUGUUGUCACCAACUCUGAUGAUGUCAAUAAAAAGCAAAUGAUCCUCAGCACAAUUGCAGAUCUAAAACGCAGUCUAGAGUCUCAGAGCGUCGAGUUAAAUGGUCUCAAUGAGGACUAAAGAUAAAAAAGAGUGAAUUCUGGAUCUCACAUAUAUACGAAUAGUACAUAAAAUACUGAACCUGAACCUACCGAACUUGUUCAGUCUUGUAAUAUUGUCCGACCAGCCAGAAGAUUUAAAAAACCAUCUCUGUAAAUUAGUAUCUUAAAAUACUCCAGACCUAAUUUUUUUUUUAAUUUUUGUGAACUCAAAAUUAUUACACCUCGAUUUAGCUAUUGGCCAUCAUCGAUAAAUUAAAAAUGUAACAUUAGAAUUUACACUGACUAUAAGGUACAUAAAGGGUGUUCUUUUAAACAUGUGGUUUCCAAGAAGAAAUAAAAAGCAUAUUAUUUAAGGUUGUGGCCAAGAAUUUAGCUUUAUUAUAAUAUAUUAUAUUAACAUAUUAUAAUAUUUUGCGGUUGGCUUCAAUAAAUUCCAGCUAAGAGGCCUAAUUUUGACCACUGUUUGCAGCAAUUGAGGCAAUGUUAGCAAAGUCAUCGAAUAUUAUUUUCAAAUUCGUCAAUCGUCUCGGUAUUAUCGGCAUAGACUAGUAACUCCACAUAGCCCCAUAAAAAAUAGUUCUCUUGUAGGCCUCACCACAGGCCCACAACGGGAGAUAAAGCACUCACCAAAAGUUUCCUUCAGUAAAUUAAUCGCUUCGUUCGCUGUAUGGCAUGUAGCGCUAUCUUGUUGAAACCACAGGUCGUCCACAUCCACAUUCUCCAAUUCAGGCACGAGAAAGUCAUAAAUCAUGGUUCUAUAGCGUUCUGCUUUGAUUUCAACAUUAUGGCUGACUUCAUUUUUGAAGAAAUAUGGACCAAAGAUUGCUUCUGCCUGUAGGGUACACCAAACAGUGGCUUUUUGAGGAUGUGACGGCGUCGCAACAAUGACUAAUACAAUAGAUUAUCAUCACUCCAAAUGCAACAAACGUCCCCAUUCAACCAAAAGUGAGCUUAAUCACUGAACAAAAUUUUCUUGGGAAAAUCGGGAUUGGUGGCAAUCUCGUUUUGGGCCCAUUCACCGAACAUGCGACGCGCUUGAUGUUCGUUCGUUUUGGUAAUAAAUUCCAAUUGGAAAACCAAACUGAGUACAAAUCAAGUAACAGCUGUCAAAAAGACCAACUCCGUAAUAAAUAUUGUCUCAUUGAAAAUCACAGGUCCAAAAAAACCACCCGAAUGUGCAUUAUUUUUCUACCAUGCUACUAUAAUUCGUUUUAUUACCUGUCAAAAUGGUAAUUGUUUUAAUUUGUCCCCAAUGUUCCACUAGGCACCAAUCUGGACCUUGGUUAACUCCCAGCGCCCCAAGAGCGCUCUUUGUAAGAUUAGAUUUUUGAUUGAAAAAACUUCUCAUAAUUUUUAUAAGCGAAGUUAGCGAAAACUUCCUAUAAACCUAUAAUCUAAAGUUUUGUCAGAGAAAAUUAUGUCUAAAGUGUUUUUCUUUCAACAUUCUUACUGAUUUUGUAAGUCUCUAAAUUAAUUUUUUAAAUUUUUUGUGAAAAGAAAUUUCUUCGAAGCAGAACGGUUUAUUUUUCGUGUCAAGUGCUUUCAUGAUUUAAUAUCGUUGUCAAUUUAUUAACGGGGACCUGUUAAAUAGAAAUAUUUUAUUGGAUUUCAUCAGGUUAUAUUGCCUGCUUCUAAGAUGCUAUUUAUUUUCCUACCUGAUUUUUAAUUGUAUUACUUAUUUAAUUACUUAAUUUUAGUUCAUUUCAGGAGCUUUCAAAUGUUUGUCUAAAGGCAAAAUUUUGUAGCCGACAAAUUUGUAAUAGCAUAACCUAAAUUAUUGGUCCUUUCUCUUUACCUUGGUCUCUUUACCUAAUGUCAUUCAUACAGUCAUCAUAUCAACCACAUCUUACAUCACCUGUCAUUUAAAUAACUCAUCCGCCCUUUUAAUGCAUCACCUUUUAGAUUUGAGUUUUUUAAUCUGCUCAGAUUUGAUACUGACUAUAUAUUUAUACUUGUAAUUACAUACGAUGAAUAUAUACCUAUGUUCAUAUACAUGUAUGCAAUGUGUAAACAUACCUAUAUAGAGUAGCUACAUACUUACAUAUACAUAUGUGUGUAUGCGUUAAUUUAAUGUCAUUGACUUAGAGUAACGUUAAAAUGAUUAUAAUUAUGCAAUUAUUAAACAAAUAAUAUAUUAAUAAGUAAUAACAGGGAACGAAUCGAGAGAACAAUUGACAAUUAUGGUAAACGACGUCAUCAGCCGAUCAGAAUAUUUCCCAUUAAACGGAAAUAAAUAUUCUUAAGCAUUUAUCACGGUUUAUUUAAUCACAUAUGAGUCCCAGCCACAAGCAUACGCUGUUGAAGGUUACUCAUACGACAUGGCGAAAGGAAAAAUCUAAAAGACAGCGUAAGAAAAAAAAACUCACUGAAAAAGUAUUACAAUUAAAAUUUUGUUACUAAAUAUUGAUAUGAAUAUGACCAGCGUAAUUGCAAGCCAUAAGAUAGAUUAAAAAAACUCAAUUUAUGAUUAUAUUAAAGCAAAAUCAAUAAAUAAUUUAAUUGAAGGACUGAAAGCAUUACCACAUAGCUGUUUACCACAUAGUUGACGAACACUAUAUCUAUCUAUGCAUAAAUAUGGCAGCGUUAAAAUAAAAAUACGUGAAGAUAUAACUACUUGUAUAUGUAUACAAUCGUGCAUUAGAAGUGCGAGUAUAUAGCAGAUAAAUGUUAAGCGAGAACGAUUCAUAUUUUUUUAGACUCGGAAAAGUUAUGAUUGAUAUUGUAAACGAGCGUUUGUAGUAGCUAUGGAACCAUUAUUUAUCGUAGUGCUGAACAGACCAGAAAAAUUAAAUAUAUAUGUAUAUGUAUAACUACAAGUAUAUGUGUUCACUGCAAUAAGUUAGGAGCGCACAACACACAUAUAUAUAGGGACUAGGGAAAGGGUUUGCCGCUUUAUUUUUCAAUUAUCAUGCAAGUAUUCUGUUUAUACAAUGAUCAAAUCAAAACAAUUUAAAAAAACAGUUUGUUUAAAAACGAACAAUUUUACAAGGGUUCACAAACACAUAAUAAAUAAGUUCUAAAUUUUCUGAAAAUUUUCACUUAUUCAAUUAAUUGAUAUAGGACAGUAGUUAACGCUGUUUGUGUUUCGAAUUCUCAGCAAAAUAGUAGAACUGAGUACAAGGGGAUAUUUGACACCGAUGAGGAAUUGACAGUUUCUGCAAAAAGAAAUGUCGAUUUGACAGAUAAAUUAAAGGUAGAUGAUUUGAGCUACCAUUUCUAUGACUUUAGGGUAAUUGAAAAGUAACAAUGACCGUACAAUAUGGGUUUUACGUUUUGGAUCGCUAUUCUGAAAUAAUUUGAAUAUUUCCCAAAUACUCAUUUUAUUGGCAGGUUCUUCCAAAUUUUCCCUAAAAAGUUGCUUAUAAGCGUACUGGUACAUAAUCCCAUUAGCAACAACUAGAUUUCCAACGCCUUUAGAUGAUAUGCAUCCCCACAACAUUAUAUGUCCACCUCUGUGCUACACUUUUGGUUGAAAGUUUCUAUUUUGAAGCUCUUUAUUCGGUUUAUGCCACACUAUAGUCCUAUAGUCCUAGCCAUCGCUGGCAAACAGAUUAAACUUACUUUUUUCACGAAAAUUACGUCAUCUACCAGCUUUUAUCCUUUUUUAAGUACUCUCAGGCAAAGUGUAAUCCCUUAUGCAUUGCUCUUUCCUAGCUUCUUUCCGACUGUAGCAUUGUCUCUUCAAUAUAUUCGGCAGCCAAUUUUGGAGCCUUCAAUUAAGGGUUUGCCUUUAUUUUCCUUAGAAUUCCCUGUUCCGUCAGUUUUUUGGUCUGGCCUUUUUGCUUUAUUGGAGCGCAGUAUUUGACUCCAUAUAUAAUAAUUCACUGAUUUCCUGACAUGUUUUGCUCUUUACAUGCAUUUGAAGAGCUAGUUUCCAUUGUUCUAUCGUUGAAUUCUUCCGUUUGCGAUAUUAAAUAACACUUCCAUAAUUUAUUUUGAAUCAAAAAUUGUCAGGAAAUUUGAACUUAAAUAUAAUCAUCCAUCCUUUUUUCCAUUGUUAUGUCAUUCGUAAAAUUUGAAGUUACCUGAGAGACUUCUUUAAGGUUUUUUGAAACUAUUUUUAAUUAGUUUAGUAAAAAAACUCGAAUAUUAAUGUUGCGUGAAUUCUCGACUAGAUUCUUAUUUUUAAUCUUUCUGUAGCUCUUUCUGUUAGCUCAAAUAAGACUUUACUUUGUCAUUAUUAAAUUUUUGUUACUCAUCUUGAGAUCCCUUCAAGCCUUUUAUUUAAAAAAUAAUGAUAAUCCCUUCAAUGUUUGAAAACUAAUACUAUUUUUGUAUAUUUUUAAGGAAAUUUAAAUAUCCAAUAGAUCUCCUAGAGGAUUUGGAUUGUUCUGCGUUUUGAGAAAAGGCAAAAAUCUAGUAAAAUUUGCAAAUAUUUACUUACAUGAUAUAAUGUAAUAUAUACUAAAUAAAUAUAUAUUGUAUUACACUUAUAGUUUAUUGAAAAUUGUAAUACUUUAAAAAUGUGAAAAGUAGAAUACAAACAGUGUUCAUAUGAAAUUUUUUAAGUAUAUUAACGGUAUUUAUCAAAAGUAAUAUUUCAAAUCAUUUUUAGAAGCUUUACGCACAAUUAAAUAUGGAGGCAUUUCUUUUUUAUUUGCAAAGAAAGUAAAGUGGCGAGAUGACUUGACUUUUUUCGUAGGAAUCUAAUUAACUACAAAUUAUGUAAAAGUCAAUAAAUGUAAGAGUAAUUUAUUUGUAUUGUGCAAUCAAUAACAGGGUUGCAUACAAUUACUUAUGGAAAUUAAACGGUGCUUCAAGAAAUGAGUUUUUUCAGGUGUGUUGGCAGUUGCAGCCUGAAUUUAUAUAAGAAUAUACAUACAUCAAUAUCAAUAUUAAUAAUAAUUGCGGAAGCCCUAUAUAUAAGUAAUAUAACGGUACUAGCAUAAGAUACGUACACAUACAUAAAUGCGUUGUUGAUCGUAAAGUUAAUUUGAAAUCUAUGACAAGUCAAUGGCAAAUAGCUGCAAGAUUUAGAAGCGGAAGUUAUUUAACACAAUUAUAUAUAAUAAUGCAUAUAUACGUAUGCAUGUAAGUAGCAAUAAAUAGAACGCAAAAAAGAACUUACAAUAUGAGCUGUUACUCUCCAUCGAAAGAAGCUAUGAAUUGCAGAAAUAUCAUUCGAUUUAUGACAUUAAUUGGAGAGCCACAAAUUACUCACAACCCUAAAAAAUAUAGAAAUUUAGUAUUAUCUUAUACGCUUAUCAUAACUAAAUAUCAUCUAACAUGGGGUUGUGCAUUCAAUUACUUAUAAAAUUAAUUAUUUUUGAAUUACAUGAGAACUUGCGACGAAACAUAAAUAUUAAUAAUUUUACCAAUUAACUACAGUUAAAUACUUUUUAUGCCUUGUUUUGAGGUCAACAUUCAUUAAAUCGCUACGAAGCACAUCCCUAAUAAGACAACUAAAAUAAUUUCGGUAAUUAAUUCAUAUUAAUUGUUCUCAAUUAACCAUACAAUGAUCCAUUAACUUACUUAUUGUCCAAAUAGUAAAGUUAAAUUGAAAUAAAAGCGCCUCCAUUCAAUUGUGUGAUGUGAUGAACACGUAGUGAGAAUCCUAAUUAUCAGCAGAGAAGCCCAAAUGUUUUCGGUUUGGAAUGUUGUUAGUUAUUAUGUAUUUUAUUGGCACUGAAGUCUUCACACAUAAAAUUAAAUAAUGUUUUAGACAGCUGUCAACCCUUAAUUGUUUAAACCAAAUAAAUAUAUAAAUUUCAACUCCAAAUAAUUUCCUAUAUAAAAAUGUUAACGGGAGACAAUAAUGCUGAACAAUAUCAAUUAUCUAUAAUGUUUGGCCCUACUUGAAAUAAAUUAAAUGGAAGCAACUCUAUUUUUCUUUUGUUGUCGAAAUAACUGAAUUUAGUCAGAAUACUGAAAAUACAGAAUUCGUACUGAAAGUUAUUAUUAGAGACCACAGCAACGGCGAAUAAUGUUUCGCAGUUUAAUUUCUUUACAGUCCUGCAGUUGAAAAUGAACUGCGUUUAAAAAGUGAUAUUGGUUUUCAUUGAUAAUAUUUAAUAAUAUGUGAAUGAUUAAAUAUUAAUUUCCGAUAUCAUCAAUUCUCAUAUUUGUCCAGUUGGUACCGUUUCUAUCACUGAAUAAAACUCCCAACUAUUUCCGAUUACUUUAAAUUACUAUGAACCGAAAAAGCCCGUUAGUCGAAACUGCGGAAAAUUAUUAACGAUAUACAUAUGUACACGUGAAGACCUCGUGUUUUUUCAAUCUUAAGCUAAGGGUAUUUAUUUAUUAAUUUUUCUUUUGAAUACACAACCCCAUUCCUAGUCAUACCCUCUUAGAGUUGUACUCAUACUUUGAUUAGCAUCUGAAUAGCAAAUAAUUUGAUAUUUUUACAAUAUUAUAUUAUGGGACUUUUAAACCAAUUAAAAUAAAUUAAAUAUUUAAUAAUUUAGCAAUUGAUAGAAUUAACAUAAUUUUGUAAUGAAUAUUAGCACAAUAUUGAAUUAUAAUUUUGUUUAAAUAAAAUUAUAUGUAUCAAAUUAGAUUGUUUGUUUUCAAAACUAGCAGAAUUUAGUUGUAUUUGUUUAAUGUAGAAAUUAAAUAUUGUAAUUGUAAUUUUAAGUGUUAUUUUCCUGCAUUUGAUUUCCGUUUCGCGUACUUCCGUGCGCUUUUACCGCAUAUGGGAAGAGAGAGUAGCGAGCAGCGGAAACUUUGUUUAAGAUAAGAAUUGGCUAAGUAAAAGCCAAGUAAAAUUGAUUUGUUUUGAAAAUAGUUUAGACACUGGAAAUCUGAAAAACGAAAAUAUUGAAAAAAAUAAAUUAAUACAAAGAAAAUUUUUAAGAAUACGAAUGCGAACGGCACUUAUCCCAUACAAUAUAAUUGCAUAAAAGUAGAUUUGUAUAAUUAUUGUUUGUUUGAAUAUUAUUAGUCGUUUUCUUACCGUUAAAUCAUAUGUAAGCCAUGACCAUUGCUACCAAAUGAUCUUGUAACUCUUUUCAUUAUCAUUCAAUUCGACUUACUUAGAGUUGUUUUUAUUUUGUAGUAGAAAUAACUCAGAUUUUAUAUCAAAAGUCUAUAAAUAUCAUUGAUAUAAAUGCAAAAUUAUGCAAUUAAUAAUAUACAGACACACAUCAUAUAAUAUCUACAGUUAUUAUUGCAUUAGCGAUAUUACAUUUCGACAGUAUUCUAUGGUAUAUACUAAUAAAGUGAUAAUAAAAAUAAAAUCAGUGAAAGAAAUAAUAAAAUAAAAUGUACUCUAAUUAUAAUAAAGAAGUAAAUUUACAAAUAAAUAUGCUUUUUUUUCUUAUAAGUUAUUAGCAACCUAAAAAAGAAAAAAACCAUUGCAUAACUAAUGUGUCACUAGCAAGAUAUUUAUUUUUUCGUUAAGUUUCCUCUUUAUUACACAAUAGUUCUACUAAUUAAGGUGUUAGUAUAAUUUUUAAGUUAAUUUCUUAGUAGAACAAUUUAUAAUUUAUGCAUUCAUUUUACUCUAAGAUACUUUUCUUUGUUAACUUUAUGUCUUUCCACUGUUGAAUAGUUGACCUUUUUUAUUACGUAAAGUCGCAAUUUAAUUUUGUGAAGUUCCUACUUUCUUCAUUAUAAAAAAAUUUUAUUUUGAUUUGAAAUUUUGCACGCGCCCUUUUCCUUCCAAGAAGUUGCUCAUUUGUCUGCCAUACAAAAUUACUAAAGAUCUUUUUAUACCCUUUUAUGCUAUAAAAAUGCACCUGUGAACCUUCUUUACACUUUACGUUCUUUGAUUUUACAACACUUGUGGUUCAUUGUACAUAAUCGUACAAUGUGGAUCUAAUUAGAAGAGGUGAAAAUAAAUUCAUAAAAAGUUCUUUAUAAUUUCACAUUUUUGAGCUAUUUUGCAUCUUUUCACAAAUAGAAUUUUAAGACCUAAAGGUUUCAAAUAAAUAUUUUGCACACUUCGAAAAAAAAUUAAUAUUUAUUUUGUUGACGGCAGUCCAAGAUACAACAAUGUUAACUUCAAGAAGCCGUCAUAAUCAGACUUGGGGUAGGACACAAAAUUUCUAAGAAAGGUAAUAAUGAAUAUAGUUGAGCGUACUCUUUUCUAUAACUAUUCAAAAAUUGUUUACUGUCCAACUAUUAAAUGCAUUUGGUGUUGUGAACAAUAUUUCCAUUAAAUAAAUAGGUAGCUAAAGGUGUUUUCUACUAAACUAUCCAAAUUACCUAUGUUUUAUCCAGCAAUAUAUUUAUAUUCCACAAUAUAACGAAAAACCCAAGUUAGUGGAUGGAUGAAAAAAAAAUGUUUGAUGUAAAGGUUGAAGUAUAAAAAUAAACUGAAAAUAAUCUUAAGUUCUUCGUGGUUCUCUAAAUUUUUUUUGCUCCAUACAUUAGUGUUUUAGUUGAAUGCGCUUUAUUCGAAAACAGAUAUUUUUUAAUCUCAUGCUUGAUUCCAAAAUUUUACCUAGCAUUAUUUGCUACUAAAACCAGUUUUUUUUUAAAUAAACAUCUGGGAAUAAAUAUAUCUCUCAAAAGAAAAAUCGGGCAAUUUUAACUCAACUUACCAAUUAUCAUGAAAAAAAUCCUAUAUGCCUGUUAAUUUUAAGCUUUUGGAGGAAGGUGUAGUCAUACCUGCAUACAAAUGAUCCUGAGUAUAAUAUAAAUAUGUUGAGCCAAUUAAUCUUAUUAUUGAAAAAAUUAAAUAUUCAAAAACUUAAUAUAUAGCAAUCAUAUGCUUAUUAUAUAUAAUGUGUUUAGUAAAAAUUAGUAUUUAUAAAUUGACUUAGAUAACUUUUUACAAGUUUUAAAUUUCUAGUUUAAACUCGAUGAACUGUAAUCCUUAAUUAUAUUAUCUCUAAAUAUUACGAUAUAGUUUCAAAGCCGUUCUCUCCUUCAAGCAGCUGUUUUUACUAUUUGAAAUUUAAGUCAGAUUUAAAGUUUGUGCUAGUACAUGGGAUAUGACGUUUGUUUCAGAAAAUUUCAUAUUAUUAAUUCCUUAUUUAAAACUAAAUUUAAUAAAGACAUUUUUACUACAAUAUUAAAAAAUUAUUGCCAUUAUUUAAUAAUUUGUAAAACAAGGAGAAUAUUUUUUAUCUUUUUGAAACCGUUUCUAUAUUUACAAUGAUUUUUAUUAUGUUUUACAUUAGUAUCCGUAUAAAUUUUUCAUCUGCUUAUGUGAUUAACAUUACCAAUGAAAAAAGAGUUAUGACGAUUCACAACUUAUAGUGGAAAGACUGAAUGAAGUCUGUGUAUAUAAUUUGAAAACAAGAGUGAUGAGACGCCCGGAAUACACGCCCAGACAUUUCUUAUUCGCUUUCUUAUUUUAUUGAAGUUAUUUUUUAAAUUACGUUUUAACAUGCGUGAACAAUACAUGAUCCUUGGUGUUUUGAAUAUAUUGUAAAUAUAAUAUUGUCAUUAUAUAUAUUUUUGCAUAUUUUGUUAGUCUUGUACUAAGCAUGUUAUAAAUACGCUAGUUAGUCUUUGUCAAGUUGAUAAUAUCUAUUCGAAUUUAUAAGCGUAGGUUUAAAUUGAAAUAAAAUUUGAAGCAGUGAAAUAAAAAAAAGAGUAUUAGUCAGUAAAUUUCAUAAGAGUAUAGUUAAAGUUAAUGGAAUAGAAAUGAACUUUGACAAUCCGACGAGCUUUCCAAACAACACCCCUUACAGUAUAUUUGAUACGAAUAAACAAUUUAUAUAUAAAAUCAAA